GUGGCCAUCGUCGACGCGAACAACUGCAAGGAUUGCACGGCCUGGGCCGAGUGGCUACAGCUCGCGGAGGCCCCCGUCGACCGGCUCUUCUACGGGGAGGAGAAGGCGCUGACAUUGGAGGCGUGGCGAGCAGGCGUCAGCCAGCUCGGCUUCCGCGGGAGCGCCACGAAGAUCUUCUCGGAGAUCCGGCGACUAGCCGCCGGGCCUGUUAGCGCGGAGGAGCCCCGUCACCAGGUCUUCAAGUCGCAAGAUCCGACCGUCUCUCUGCAGGAUUACAAGGCCUUCGAGUCGCAGCUGCACCGGAUGAUCUCGUUGGCGACGGAGGAGGGUGCACCCGCCAGCCUUCCGGUCGGCAUGCUCUUCAGCAUACUGCGGCCAGGCAGACGAGGUCCUCUGCUCAGAGCGUGGCGCAAAUACUUCGACCCGAGGGGCGUUGGCCGAGUCCGCCUGGAGGAGUUCACGCUGGGCUGCAAGACGGCGGGGUUCCCGCAGUUGGCGGCGCUCGCCUGGCGGGAUCUGACAGCUGCCUGUCCACACGGAAGGAUCUUGCCGUUCUCCUUGUUCUCGCCGAGGGAGUCCGCGAACCUCACGAGCUUUGGGGCGGCUCUGUGCGAGAAGAUCGGGUGCGACCUCAAGCUGGCAUGGGAGGCUCUCGACACCAACCACCAGAACAGGCUCGGGGAGUGGGACUUCGAGAGGGGCGUGAAGAAGCUCGGCUUCACAGGGGACGCGAAGCUGCUGCUCGACGGGGCGAAGAAGGACCGCUCCAGCGCCCGCUUGUUCAAGGACGACUUCAUGUACCUCAGGUCCUUCCUCUGGUACAAGCAGCAGCCAGCGUCGGCAGGCUUGGAUGGCGGCCUGGCCGCCUUCGUCUCCAGUGUGUACCGAGAUCAGGGCGGCCCAGACACGUUCAUCGAGGAGAUAGGCAAGGACCUGCACGAGCUCAUCACGGUGGAGGAGCUGGUGGCCCACCUGAACGCGAUCGGCUUCCCCGGCGACGCCCUGCAGGUCGCGAAGUCCCUCGCGGACCAGGAGCGCGGGAGCUGCCACGGCGGCACGGAGGUCCGCAUCAGCUCGCUGGUGUCGCUGCUGUGCGGCGAGGGCGGCAGAGGCGGCCAGCAGCGGCCGGCCGCCCGCGGCGCUGGGCGCCGGCACGCCGCGCCGCCGCAGGCGGAGGGCGAAGUGGCCGCCUGGGACAGCAGCAUCAACGACAUCUCCCUGAAGAACGGGCGCCUGCACCGGGAGGGGCGGCACUACUUCGGCUACUACCCCCGGGACGGGGGCUCGCCCCCUCUGAGCGGCUCGCCCUCCAUGAGCUUCCUGGACCGCCAGCCCAGGAGCGGCGGCCACGCGCCGCCCCCGGGCCGCGGCCCCGAGGGCGACGGGGGCUGCUCGGAGAGCGGCGGCGCGUGCUGGCCGCCGCCGCCGCCGGCGCUCGCCGGGGGCGGCGCGGCGCCCCUGGAGGCCGCUGGCGCCCAGGGCGGCGCCGGCGGCGCCGCCUUCCUGUCCGCCGCGGCCAUGUUCGCGCGGGGCCCCCGCGGCAGGGCCGCGACGGUGCCCCAGGACGACGGCCGACGGUCCUUCUUCCAAGCGCUGGACGGCGACGGCGGCGCGCUAUCGCCGUUUUCCCCGGCCUCGCGGAGGCCAUCACGUUCGGAGUCCCUGGACCGGUCGCCGACCAUGCAGCGAUCGGGGACCAUGCAGCGCUCGGGGACCAUGCAGCGCUCGGAGUCCUUGGACCCAACCUUGCAGCGCAUGGGGACCAUGCAGCGCCCGUCGACCAUGCAGCGCAUGGGGACCAUGCAGCGCUCGUGGAACAUGCACCGCCCGUCCAGUGUGCCACCACGUUCGACGCUGAUGAACGCAUCCGUAUCAGAGGCGUCCUUGCUUUCGCCGUCGCAGGGCCCUCGGCCGCCCAGGUAUCGGAUGUUCAGCUUCGAGGCCACCAAGCUCCGGGGAGGCUCCAGCGGGUAUAAGGCGGUGAUCGACUCGCUGACGCUCUUCCGCAGCGGGCAGCCGAUCCGAGGCGGGCGCGUCGUGAAGAAUCCGUGCUCCGUCACGUUCGACACCCCCGUGGAGAUCGACGAGUUCAGGCUCAUGCCGGGCAACACCGAUCCGAGCCUCGACAUCCUCCAGUGGAACCUGUCGGGCUCCAACGACGGGGACAUCUGGCGCGACAUCCACAGCCAGGCACAGCCCGGCCUGGCCAGAGCCGGGCGCCCGCCUGGGCAGUGAUUUGCACG